AUGGGCAAGCCACCAAAAACUAUUGACAUGUUCUUUAAAAGAAAAAACAUCGAUAAAUCAAAUGAUGAUGUACCUUCCUCUUCUAAUCUUGAUGCUUCAGUUCUUGAGAACCCACAUCCUCCAAAAUAUCCUCGAGUUGAACAUACACAGGUUAAUUUUGCCAUUUUAGAACGUGAUCCGGGAUUGCGUCGUCAAAUAUGGGAAUAUCCUAUUGGCCAACAAGAUGAAAUUCGUCGAGCUUAUAUCAAUGCGAAACCAUAUCAAAUUAUUCUUUCAGAGUAUCCCCGUUCCGUCGAGUAUUCUCCUACAAAGGAUGCUGCAUUUUGUUUACCUUACUUUCUUUUUGGAAAGAAACCAACAGGGCAUCCCGGAACCAAUGCAUUCACCCUUGAAGGAUUUCGAAAUUGGAAGAAAGUUAACGCUGGAAAGAAUUGUGCUUUCUUAAAUCAUAUUGGAGAAGGUCCUUGUUCACCUCACAACAUUGCCGAGAGAUCGUGCAAAGAUUUAAUGUAUCAACCUUGUCAUUUUGAUAAAGUGAUGGAAAAACAAACUUUAGAACAAAUUUCAAAUAACCGAUUGAGACUAAAAACUUCAGUUGAUGCGGUUCGGUGGCUUACAUUUCAAGCUUGUGCUUUUAGAGGGCAUGAUGAAUGCCCCGAAUCAAGAAAUAGGGGCAAUUUUAUUGAAAUGGUAAAGAUUUUGGCAACAUAUAAUGAUGAUGUUGCUAAACUCGUUCUAGAAAAUGCUCCAAAAAAUGCCAAGUAUACCUCACCACAAAUUCAAAAGGAAAUUUUGCAUGUUCUUGCUAGAAAAGUGAGAAGUAAGAUUCGUGAAGAUAUUGGAGAUACCAAGUUUUGUAUUCUUGUUGAUGAAGCAUGUGAUGAAUCUAAGAGAGAACAAAUGGCUCUUGUUCUAAGAUUUGUUGACAGAGAUGGUUUUUUACAAAAGCGUUUCUUUGAUAUUAUGCAUGUUAAAGAUACAACUUCAUUGACUUUGAAAAAUGCGCUUUCUACAGUUCUCUCUCAUUAUAAUCUUAGUGUUCAGGAUCUUCGAGGUCAAGGUUAUGAUGGUGCUAGCAAUAUGCGCGGAACAUGGAAUGGCUUGCAAGCAUUAUUUCUUAAUAAUUGCCCUUAUGCAUAUUAUGCGCAUUCUCUAGAUGAAAUUGAGACUGGUAGAGGAGCUAAUCAGAUUGGUUCCUUGCAACGACCUAGGGAUACUCGUUGGAGCUCUCAUUUUGAUUCCGUUUGUAGCUUAAUCAGGUUGUUUGGUCCUACAUGUUCAGUACUUCGAAGCAUCAUUAAAGAUGGAUCCACUUGCUUCCAACGAGGGGAUGCCGAUUCUGCUUUUGAUAUUAUUACAUCAUUUGAGUUUGUUUUUAUUUUGCAUUUGGUGAAAGAUAUUAUGGGAGCAAGUAAUAUUCUUUGUGAAGCUUUGCAACAAAAAUCUCAAGACAUCCUAAAUGCUAUGCAUUUGGUUUCGACUACUAAAAACAUCAUUCUAAAAUUGAGAGAAGAUGGAUGGAACAACCUACUUGGGGUUGUUAAAUCAUUUUGUGAGCGUCAUAACAUAGAUGUGCCUGAUAUGAGUGCUCCUUAUACAAAAGGUAAGGGUCGACCACGUCACCCACAAGAAAAUAUUACACUUGAGCAUCACUAUCGGAUUGAUAUAUUCAAUGGCACAAUUGAUUCACAAUUGCAGGAGUUGAAUAACAGAUUUAGCAAAAAGGCAGUGGAACUAAUUGUCCUAAGUUCUGCUUUGGAUCCUAGAGAUGGUUACUAG